AAGUUAAACUAUAAAUUGAAAUAAAAUAAAGAUUAAAAGAAAUUAAAUAAAUAGAAAAAUUAAAAAAAAAAUAAUUAUUAAAAAACAUAACGUUAUUAAAAAGUUUUAAAUUAAUCUACUAAAUAUAAAGGAUAAAGUGAAAAUUUGCCACAAUUUAAUACAAUUAAAUCUUAAACUUUAAAAGCCACUUAAAAAUAAAUUUAAGAGAUAGAGUACAAAAACUACUUUCGCAGAACCAAACUUAAAAACAAAUAAAAUAGAAAACUUGUAAUAGCAAAAAAAUAUCAGCAGAAUGUUUAAAGUUUUUUUGCAAGAACGUACAUACACUAUGUCUCCAGCACCUUUGGGGAAUGAUGAUGAUGAAAAUAGAAAAUAAAAUAAGAAUAUGGUUUUCAAUUGCAAAGUGUGUGUGCGAUAGUCUUAAAAAAACUAAAAACUACACACUCCCUAACUCCUUUUUUUAAAGUUAACAAGCACAUUUUACCAAAAAAAAAUAACAAUAAUAAGUGUUGUGAGUGUAUUUGCCAUACAAAUGAAUUUCAAUGGAAACUUAACAAGAAAAGUGAAAAUAACGCCAGCAACAACGACAAAAGCAACAAUAUUCCCAUCAUCGUUAUCAUUAUCGUCGUUCUCAGCAUUGGCAACAGUAACGAAAAACACUACAGUCACAAAUGUUAAAGCUACACUAUCAAAUACAACAGCUACAGCAAAAGUUUCAACAGCAUCAGUUGGCAACUACAACAAAAAUACCAUCAACAUCAUCCUCAUCGUCAUCAGCAUUAAGAAAUAUUUUAUCUUGUCUACUUUUACUUCCUGCGCAUCUUUUACAAUCUACUCCUCGUCAAUGCCUACGUCACCGCAUAACAAGAAAAUUACUCAACUUAACUACUCCAUGGGGAUAUGUGAGUCAACAAGAACAACGAAAACAUCAACAACUAGAACAAAAACACAAGCAGCAGCAACAACAGCAGCAAUUUCAACAUCAGCAACGUUAUCAAGACUAUCAGCACAUGAACAAGAAAAACAACAAGAACAAUAUCAAGCUCCAAGAACAAGGGCAUCAAAGACAGAAAUUACAGAGGUGAUGUUACCACCACUUACAUCAAUGUCAUCAAAACAAAUACAAAUACUAACGAGUCGGGUCUACUAUAUAAUGGACAAAGAUGUUGAAAAUAUACAAGUAGCAACAGCAGCAACAUAUACAACAGACAAACCACUAUCAUCAUCGUCAUCACUAUUACCACCACUACAACAACCACUAUUAACAAGAAAGGCAAAAGCAAAACUACCAGCAGAAGCAUCAACAACAAUAGCAACACCUAUAGCUGGGUAUUUGCCAAUGCUAGCAACUACGACAGCCUCAAAAAAUUGUAGAAAACCAUGUUUAAGUAUUAAAAUGCCCCUAAGACAUUUAAUACUAACAAUAAUGGCAGUUGUUGUUUUUAGUAUGGAAUUUACGAUAUGUGCCAGUGCAAUAUUGCAACAACAAUUAACUACAAUAACACUGCCGAAUAAUACACACCUGCCCACAGCAACAACCAAUAAAUCUACAAAAAUCAACGACAAUUUACAAAACUCACCUGACACAUCAACAGUAACAACAACACUAAUGACAGCAUCAUCAGCAACAUCAUUGUUAUUUCCAUCAUCAGUGUCACCGUCAUCAGCGGCUUUAACAUCAUCGUUAUCAUCACCAGCAACAUCAUCAGUAUCGACAGAUAGCAGACCACCUUUAAAAACUAUGGAAUCUGCUGCUUUAGUAGAAAAAUCACUACCAACAUCAUCAUUAACAACAUCGUCCAUGGAUGAUAGCCCAUCAAAUAUACGGUCAUCCUUAACAGGAACCGUAACGUUAUUGCAUACAGAAUCGCCAGAACAUUCAUCACUGCAAUGGGAAGAGGAUGACGAAAAUGGUUCGAGUGAAUUAUCACUCUCAACAUCCAUAUUAAACACAUACGAUGCCAGUGAUUUACCACCACUCAGUGAAGCUGAACAGGCAGCUAAAGAUUUGUUAACCAAAGGAUUUUCGAUACCCACAUAUUUGCCACCAUUUCCCGUAUUUGCUGUUGCUGAUUUGCCAGCAUAUUUAAAUACCGUAUCGACAACGACUACAGAAUCACCAAUAUCCCAUCUCCGGCCAUCUGAUGUUUAUGCUACAAAUUCACAAGAAAAUCUUUUAUAUUUCGACAAUUUAUCAGAGCAUCAACUCAAUGGACAUAAUCAGAAUAACCAUAAACUGCAAAUACCAAAGAAAAACUCAAGUAUGGCGAGGGCGAAUGUGACCGUGCAAGUGGGCAGUCAUGCUUAUUUGCCAUGUCAUAUACAUCGUUUACAAAAUAAGCCCGUUUCAUGGGUACGUUUAAGAGACGGUCAUAUCAUAUCAGUAGAUCAAACUACUUUUAUAGCUGAUCAAAGAUUUCAGGCCAUUUUUCAAGAUGACAAGGAAUUUACAUGGUCAUUACAAAUUAAAUAUGUACAGCAUACCGACGAAGGCUGGUACGAAUGUCAGGCAAGUUCGGAGCCAAAAAUGAGUGCUAAAGUUUACUUAAAAGUUAUAGUGCCCUUAACUGAAUUGAUUGGUGAUCAGUCACGAUUUGUUAAGGCUGGCAGUAAAGUGGCGCUACAUUGUAUUGUACGUGGUACACUUGAGCCUCCGCAGUAUAUUAUUUGGUUUCGUGAUAAAAGCCAAAUAAGUGAAGACAACAAAAUGGGUUGGUAUACUCAGCUGGAUCGCAAUAUUUUUGGCAAUAGUGGAGAUAAUCAGAAUACGAUUGGCUCUCUGAUAAUACCGUUUGUACGCAAAAUGGAUUCUGGUAAUUAUACAUGUCAGCCAUCAAAUAGUGCAUCUGUGUCAGUUGAUUUACAUGUACUUAGUGGUGAAUAUUCUGCAUCUGCCAUAAUGUCUGCAGCACGAACGUAUACACUUAAUGAUUAUUAUCUGUUGCUGCUUUUAUUUUUAUUGAUGUUAUUACACAAGACGUGACUGUUGUUCGAAAACAAUUCAAUACAGCAAUUAGUUUAAAUAUGUAGAACCAUAUACUUAUACAAAUAUACAUAUACACAUGCAUAAAUACGUAUAAAUAUACAUAGAUAUUUAUAGAAAAUUGUAAUUGUAAUAAUAAGUAUUAAGGGCAAAUGUCUAUCCCAAUAAAACAAAAAUAUUAAAAGCAACAUAUACAUACAUAGAUA